UGAUUGAACAUUGCAGAUGGCCACUUCCAUGAGUCGAUCAAAGAAAGAGCAGCUUCAAAAACGCCUCAGAAACAUUUUACGUCGCCACAAUGAUUUCUGGCGCCUCUACUCGAUCAAAAGCUGGUUGGUAAUGGAACUGCCAAAUGGCCAACAAAUGACUUACUACUCUCAUCCCAAUGCUCCCCCUCCCACCGAAAAGGAUAUGAAAAGUCGCCUCCAGCACAACGUCCAUAUGACCCCUGCCGACUAUCCGGCAGAGGAAUCAGAUAAGCCGAUGACAAAUAAACAGCCGGAGACCCGUUUGGUCGCCCAUGCAAAUGGUGUUUGGUUUUCUGACCUUUUUCCUGUCUACAGAUCAAAUAGCCAUCUCACCAGCGGUGUUGCCGAUAACAGCGACUGUGAAUUCUUCCGUGAAUAGAAUAAUCCUGCGAAUAGUCUGCCCCUUGUGUUAACGAGCUUUCGAAGACAAUAAAACGUUAAUAUCAGGGUGGUGGCAGGGUAAGUUACCUGAUGGCUGUGGGAUUGACAUCUUG